AUGAUUGAGACCCAACUAGCUCAACUUGUAAAUACCGUUAAGGAACAUCAUGCGCAUGCUAGUCUCCCACCCCAAAGUCAUGCUCCAAAGCAAAUGAAUGCCAUAGUGACAAGGAGUGGGAGGAUUUUAGAUGAUGUUCCUAGAGCUAAUAAGGUUUCUAAGCCUAAUGGGAAGGAUCAAGAGGGAGUCAUUGAGUCUAGUGACAAUGAUGUGGUAGAAGAGGAGCCUCCCAUUAAUGAUGAAGGUGAAACUCCUAUACUAAAGGAGGCAACUCUCCUACCUUUCCCCACUCCUAAACUUCCCUAUCCCCAAAGAUUCAUAAGGCACAAGUUGGAUAUGCAAUUCUCAAAAUUCCUUGAUGUUCUUCGAAAUUUGCACAUCACUCUCCCCUUUACGGAAGCAUUGAAACAAAUGCCUACCUACUCAAGGUUUCUUAAGGAAAUCUUGAGUGGGAAGCGGGAUUGCGACGUAAAGGAGACGGAGCUUGAAAUAAGCAAUGCCUUGUGUGAUUUGGGUGCUAGCUUUAGUCUAAUGCCUUAUUCGGUGUUCGCCAAGCUUGAAGUUGGUGAUCUUGUCCCAACUAACAUCACCUUGCAAGUUGCCGACCGUUCGGUCAAGUACCCUAUUGGCAAGGUUGAGGAUGUACCCUUGAGGGUUGGUGGAUUAGUGAUCCCCGUCGAUUUUGUAGUCCUAGACAUAGAUGAGGACGUGCAUGUCCCUAUUAUUCUAGGCCGCCCAUUCUUGGCUACGGCGGGAGGAAUUAUUGAUGUCAUGCAAGGGAACAUUACUUUGAAAGUUGGGAAGGAUAGUUUGUUUUUUGACUUGAAUUAA